AUGAUGAUGGCGACGGCGACAACAACCAACGGCGAUAUUAAUGCUGACGACGACAAUGAUAGCGCUGACACUCAGCGCGAAGUCGAGGUCGAUGGCCACCAAUGCAUGCUUGAGAUCCUCGACACCGCCGGGACGGAGCAGUUCACAGCUAUGCGGGACCUAUACAUGAAAAACGGACAAGGAUUUAUUCUGGUAUUCUCAAUUAUUGCAGAGGCAACGUUCAGAGAGCUACAAGGUCUUCGCACACAAAUCAUGGAAGUCAAGGAAUCGCGAGCGGUGCCCGUGGUCCUUGUCGGCAACAAAUGCGAUCUCGUCGAGGACAGGAUGGUACCGCGGGAUCGUGGCGAUGCUCUUUCAACAGAAUGGGGCGGAACGCCGUUCUACGAGACUUCUGCACGAACACGGAUAAACGUCGACGAGGUCUUUUACGACCUUGUCCGCCUGAUCAACCGACAAACCCCAACUAACACAGAGAGGGGAGCAAGGAGGAGGCGCUGCAAGCUCCUCUGA